UCAUCACGUCGUUGGAACCUUCAGCUGUCAGACUUUGGCCACCCUAAAAGUACAGGUUUUGUUAGCAAACUAACUCGAACUGUACAAGCAGCGCUGACUUUAUUUAAAGUUGUGCAUUCAUCUGCUGAUCGAUCUUUGAACGCGCGAGCUGGCGAUUGAAACACUGGGAUUGCACGAAGACGAGCCAUCUUGUUUUAAUCGCUGCUAGUUUUUGCACGACAAGCCAGCGAUCCUGAGCGGGUGUAAGGGUAGAUGCAGGGAGGGAGGGAGUAAAAAAAGGCAAAAGUCUUUGUGCUUCCCUUCCCCCUCAUCAAAGCAAAGGGGAAAUGUCUCUGUCUAAAGGAGGGAAGAAGAAGAACCCCGGGCUGAAGCUGGCGAAAGAAGUGUUUGCGCAGCCCCCACCAGCAGCAGCAGCGCCCCCUCGAGAUCUUGACUCUAAAGCUUGUGUCACAAUUGGAGAUCAGAAUUUUGUGGUGAAGGCAGAUGACUUGGAGCAGAUUGCAGAGCUGGGGAGGGGAGCAUAUGGAGUGGUGGACAAGAUGAAACAUGUGCCCAGUGGUGUUAUCAUGGCUGUCAAGAGGAUUCGUGCCACGGUCAACAGUCUGGAGCAGAAGAGGCUUCUGAUGGACCUGGACAUUUCUAUGAGGACAGUGGACUGCUUCUUCACUGUGACUUUCUAUGGCGCCCUCUUCAGAGAGGGGGACGUUUGGAUCUGUAUGGAGCUGAUGGACACGUCUCUGGAUAAGUUCUAUAAGAAGGUUAUUGAUAAAGGCAAAACCAUUCCUGAGGACAUCUUGGGAAAGAUCACAGUAGCAAUUGUCAAGGCAUUAGAGCAUCUGCACAGUAACUUGUCAGUGAUACACAGAGAUGUGAAGCCCUCCAAUGUUCUGAUCAACACUCAGGGCCAAGUGAAAAUGUGUGACUUCGGCAUCAGUGGCCACCUGGUGGACUCCGUGGCCAAAACAAUGGAUGCAGGCUGCAAGCCCUACAUGGCGCCUGAGCGGAUCAACCCUGACCUCAAUCAGAAAGGCUACAGUGUCAAAUCAGACAUAUGGAGUCUCGGUAUCACGAUGAUUGAGCUGGCCAUUUUGAAAUUCCCUUACGACUCAUGGGGCACCCCGUUCCAGCAGCUCAAACAGGUGGUGGAUGAGCCAUCUCCACAGUUGCCUGCCGACCGUUUUUCCCCAGACUUUGUAGAUUUCAUCUCCCAGUGUUUAAGAAAGAAGCCAAAUGAGAGACCAGCUUAUACAGAAUUAAUGAAACAUCCGUUUUUCACCCUGCAUGACUCCAAAGAGACAGACGUGGCCAGUUUUGUCAAGGUCAUCCUGGAUGACUGAUGGGCUCCCUCCAGGCUCCACCCCAUGAGGGUAGGCGGGACCUCUCAGCAAAGGAACCAAUGGCCUACCUUUUUUUUUUGUUGUUUUUUUGUUUUUGUUUUUUUAAACUCACUGGAAUGACAGACUGUCAUGCACCCACACACAACAGGGGGGUGACCCAAAGACUGACAGCAGCCCAGCAGCACUGGUGUGGGAGAGUGGUGGUAAUAUGAACUUGUACGGCCAACUGGAGAGGUUUAAUUCACUCCUCCAAGCUUCCUGUGUGCGCAGUUAUCCAACAUGAUGAAUAUGAACUGAACCUGAUUUGUUGUUUUUGUCUUGUUCUUCUUUUGUUUUUUGCCCCCACUGCCCCUCGUAUCUCUCCUUUUCAGAAUGGACAGAACCAGCCAUUACUACUUUGUGACACAUAUUGUAUGAAUCAUUUGAAUUUCAUCUGCAAAACCAAACAGUUAAUGUGUAUGUUGUUGCAUAUUGAAAGCUAUAUUUGCAUAAGCGUUUGUAUGUUUUCUCAUUAUACAGAGUUUUGAUACUGUAUAUCGUUGAAAAGUGUGAAUUUUACCGGACUAGGGCCUUGUUUGUCAGACAGACCUGGUUCCGCCCUGAGGUGAUUGGUCAGUGCAGGGGCUGCAGUUGUCAUGGGCCGGGCCGUGGGAGGCUCCAGGGCUGAGACAAAACAUGUAAGAAAUGUCAAAGGUCACAUUCUGGGCAAGAGGAGUUGCAAGUCAUUCCUAGAUCGCUCGGCGGUGCGAGGCAGGAAUGUAAGGCGUCCCAUAUCAUUGGUGAUCUGAGGCAUAACCCUCCAUGCAGUGACCCCUCCGUGCUCCUCUUCUUUCUUGGGUAUUAAAGAGGUUUGCUCCAGUGCUACCAUUGUUACUACCUGGAAGUAUUCAGGGGUCGCCUAAUCAAGCUCACAGCUUUAUCUUUUUCUGUGUGCCAUUUUUGCAAAUCGUUCUCAUGAAUUACUGCAUUAAUUGUGUUUUUCUUCAUUUUUUGGACUUGUUCUGGCCCGCAUUUUGAUUUAUUUCGGCCACAUUUAAGCUUAUUCUUCCCUUUGCCGACCUUUCUCAAUUCUGGAAUCAGCAUAGUCUUUUCAUAAGAGGCACUUAUAUUUUCUUUUUCUUUUUCAGAGACCUUAUUAUGCCUUACACAAACAGUAUGGUAGGGAAAUAAUUUAUGUGUUAAAGAUGUAAAUACUAUCUCCUUUUUUAAUGUAACAUGGCACUGUCCCAACCUGGCAGUGUAGAUGAAUGGUAGAGUGGUUGGUAUUAGUUAGUUUUAAUGCAGUGUGACACGCGUACACAAACACUUGUACUCACAGGGCCAGCUGACUGUCGUACACCUAUUUUGGACUGAUGUGCUGUCAGGCUCCACUGCUCAGGUUUCUGUGCUCUCCUUCAUGAGGAGACGGCCCCAUUUUUUUUUUUUUUUUUUUUUUUUUUUUUUUUUUACCCCCCCCCUCGAGGUUGUACUCUCCUUGAGUGCUGGAGCGAGAGCCUCUUUUCAGUCCAUGGUGGGCAGCCAUUAUCUAUUCUGUCAGACCAUACUAUGCAGAGCCCCUUGGACUCAUAACAAGAGGCCCUUGCCAUAUGGCAGUUUCCCCACUCCAAGUGUUCAGAGACUGUGAUGAUGAUGAUGAUGAUGAUGGUGACGAUAGUGAUGAUAACUGACGUGCCUCUGUUCAUGGCUAGCACUCAUUGCCUCUCUGGUUUACACUGUAGUGCGACCUUUAUCAAAAGUCAGUGAGUUAGGAGUAUUUAUGAUUGUGAAUAAUAAGGGAAAGCUAGCAACACCACAAAGAAGCUGCUGUUUUUUCUUUUUUUUUUUCCCUUCUUUUUUUUUUUUUUUUCUUUUGUUGGCCUUCUUUGGAUGGCCGUUCCCUUGGUGUGUAAAAGUGAGUUUUUACGCUGAUCACAAUGAGAAUGGAACACUUGCUCUACCUCUUACUCCUUCACUCUAUUUGCCACCUUUUAAUUGGGUGGGACUGACAAACUUGAACUAUGGAAAGACAAAAAAAUAAAGGCUUUAUUGUUCAGUAUGUCCAUUUAUAACCCUCAUGUCAUGAUUCCUGCAGGUUUAGUAAAAAGAAAAAAGUCGUUUGUGUGGGUAAUGCACAGAAGAUGUACAGUACAAUAUAGUACUGAUUUUUUUUUUAUUGUCAAAUUGCACGAAAAGAUCAAAACCAACAAUGAAUUGAUUUUACUAACAGGUAUUGUGUGUAUAGCUUCAGACAUUAAUGAGCCACAAUGUCGCACUGGCUGACAUACUGUAUUUCUUCAUUACCAUGAACACAGGCACUGUAGUUUUUGUUUGACAUUUGCAGUCCUGCUGCUGUCAGUACAUAUUAGCAGAGCAAAAGUGGUGUUAGGCUACGUUCAGACUGACUUUAUCCCUGCUUGAAAAACCACAGCCCCCUCAUUCAUGUCAGUGGUUUCAGUGCAGCCAUCGUCCCUGAAUAAUGUUUCAAUUUUGCCGCAAUGACACGGUAUUCAGGAAGGCGCUGUGACGGCCAAUCAAACACAUGCAGGUGCACAUUCCUGCACGGGAAAACGUUGUAACCCUAACUCUACAGUUUACCCCGCAAUCCUUUCAACCAUAGAAGAAGUGGUUGCCACUAGGAUAAUUGUCUAAAGUCGUAAAAUCCUGUCCCUUAAGUUUUAUAAACCGCUCUGCAGUGUUUUUGCAUCUGAUAACCUGUCACACUUAUGGCGCUACUUAAACUAGGCGUCUUGGAUUGGAUCAUCUCACUGGUACCUGAACCUACACGGCCCCACCAACACAGCCCCUUGCAUUGUUUUAACGCAGGGCUGUUUUAGGCCUGAAGACCUGCUUAAUCUGCAGCUGAGCAAAUGCACUGUUCACUCCUAUGUGAGCACCUUUUUUUUCUAAAAACUGUAAUGCCCACUUUUUUUUUCACAACACAUUGGUGGUUUUGGUCUUUUCGUGGGAUUUUACAAUAAGAAAAAUGCAGAUUAAUGCUAACCUUGUUGAUUGGUCUCUUUGUGCAUACAUUUUGAUCUAUUUGGUGAAUUUGCUUUUCAGGCCGCUCCUUAGCCCGCUUAAAUCCUACUUCUAUGUCACUAACAGUUCCACUUAAGACUCUUUAUUCCUGCAACUGCAGACUCUGAUCGAGUUGAGAGAUACUGGAGCUGACCGAUCCAGCUGAUAAAACGUCUUUGGGUUUCUACCUGCAGCACCCUCCGACUCUCACCUUUCUGCUCACACACCUGUCAGUAAGACCAUGUUUUAGUAGAGCCUACAGCUUCUACAGUUAUAAGCCUGAAUUCGAGUAAUCCCAGCACCUCUCAUUCUGUUUGAGACAAAAUUGUUGCAAAUUAGGAUCCAUAAGGGUUAAAGGUCUCACAAUUUCCACUGCAGGUCAUUCCCCAAUCCAGUUAUUACAAUGAAUGCGUGCAGUGUGACUUGCCAGAAGUAUUACAGUUUCUAUUUGUGUAAACACCGUUAUGUAAGGACACAGAAGUGAAUGCACACUUCUUGGCAAGUCAUGAUUCCUCUGAAUGUGUAAUGAAUAGAGAGAAGAAUCAUUUUGAUGGCUCUUUCUGAGUGCUUUUUUUUUUUUCUUUUUUGCCGUGAACGUUAACAACAGAGGUUAACAAAAGCUCGCUUUGAGCAGGCUUCUCCACUCUGAGUGUGUCUCUCAAAGACCGAUGACUUCAUGCCAAGAUGAGGAAACACAAUGCCAGUCGACUGCAGGCACUGCUGCAGUGUUGUGCAAAAGAGUGGUUUGACAGCCAAACUAAAGAAACACUUUUUAGGAAAGGAGGCCUUUGGUGAGAAAUUACAUAAUGCCGCUCAAAAGAUUUUCAUGUGAGGAGAAAACAGCCAGCCUUAAGUUGAAUUACUGUCCCAGCGCAGUUCAAUGUGGACUGUGAUGCAGAAGUGAAUCACUACCUCUCUCAACAGCAAAUGUGCAUUUUAGGAACUCAGAGGGGGGGAGGGGGGGGGGCAGCGAAAGUGAAUGGUCACUUGUUAUGUACAAAAUUAAUGUUAGACAACACUUAAGAAAAGUGGGAGUACAACCUUGACAUACUUAUUCUUAAAUUGAUUAUUUCCAUUUUAUGCUUCUUGUAAUACACUAUGUUUCAGAGGGAAAUGUACUUUUUACUCCUCUACAAUUAUUUCCUAUUCACUUCAAAUAUUUUCAGCAUUACAGAUUAAACUACCUAUUUUGUACAUAAUUAGUAAUAAAUAAUAAUAUAGUA